GUGGGAUCAGUUUUAAAACCAUCCCAUUAAUCAUCGUGACUCUCAAAGUGGUUUCCUGCUGAAGAAGCUUGUCUUGGGAAAUACAUGACCAGCAUCCUUUUGAUUAUUAUGUCAGCAACCUUUUUACCAAAGGCCGGCUUCCCAUGGAAUGUUACCCUCAACUCCUGAACGCCUACAGUAUAUGUGCUUUGUGUGCUUUGUUUCCACCAAACUCGGUAACACUACCCCUCCCUUAUAGCUCCCACGUGUGAAAUAUCUCCUGGCAACAUUGUACAGUAUUUCCAAGUUCAGCAUCUAAUAUUUAAGUGAAUGUGUUUGUUUCCAUCACCCUAGCACAGGUUCAGCACAUGUAAAACUAGGGGUUUAGACUCAAAGAUUUAGACUUGAACAUGGAAUUGGGUUUCCUUAUUGGGAAGCAGUGUUGUGCUGUGCUUGUGUCUGUUCCCUGCUAAAUCCCCGAGUGGUGAUGGAACACCUUUAGUUAGGUUAUUCGGGACCUCAUGAGAGAUCCCGCUCUCGGGUGUGAAAUUCCCCUUAUAUGCGACCCCCACUCCCUGUUUAUAACCCUCGCCUGUGUGCCGUGCCUGCUGAUUCGCACACCACCCCCUUGGAAGUAUGAGUGUUCUCAGAGUCUCGUCCUACCGUCGCUUGUUUGAGGAGGAGGAGUGGGGUUCUAGCCCAGCGGCGAGCCUCCAGUGUGGGGGGCAGUACCGAGCAGCAGCCAGAGCUGGUCGUGGUGUGGAGCUGGACUUCGCUGCUGCCCGGACUCUGAACAGAGAGGGUCUGUCGAGCUGUGUGAGGGACCGCAGUCUGAUAGCAGCUCUCAACAACAGGCUGGUCAACCUCAUUGAAACGGUGAGUCCCCAGCCUUCAGCAACUCCAGUGCAAUCUGACAAACAGCAGAGACAUGCUGUUUUCAGUCAAAGAUCCUGUUGUCCAUCUCUCUGCAGGUCUCGCAGUGAACCAGGCGCAGGAUACCACGAGUAUGUGGACGUUCAGAGCUGCCAGGACGUGGUCCAUCUUUACCACUUACUGUGGUUUGCGACGAUACUGAAUAUCGUGGCUCUGUUUCUCGGGAUCGUCACAGCUGCGGUGCUUGGAGGAUUUAAAGAUAUGGGCCCUCCUCUCUCCUGUGAGCCGGAGACAUUGCCCGUCCCAGUGCCCUGUGAACCCCAACAGCAGGUGAUUCCGUACAGCAGCUACAGCACCCCACACCUACCCCCAUACACUACCUACGACCUUCAGAAUUCCAUCACCUUCCCAACAGCCACUCCGUCAGACGAUUCCCAGUCGGGCUCCAGCUACGUGUGGGCGUCUUACGCCCCUCCGCGUUACUCCCCGCCCUACUUCUCUCCAGAUGAGAAGCCGCCCCCCUACAGCCCCUGAGGACAGGCUCCGGACCUCCUCGCGCAUUGCUGGAGACACUGGCAGGAACUUUAAUGUGACCGGGGAAAGGUUCUGCCAUCAUCAUCCCUGCAAAGAAGACACUGUGAUUAUUUAUUUUUUUUUCUACAGGAAUUUAAUUUCGGAACUUUAUAGACCUGAUCACCGUGCACGCUACUGUACAGUAUUGUGGGAGGGCUUCUCCGAUGAUCUCGCCGCUCACCACAGCGAAGCCUGUUAGCAGCCUUGCCUCAGCUGCUCGUGUUUAAGUGAUUUUUAAGGAAUGAUAACCAAAGCUUUCCAUUUUCAUUGCUGUGCGCUGAAGAUCUUUUGGUUCUUUGCUUUAAAAAAAGUAGAUAUUUUAAAUCCACUACUAUAGAAAUGAUCAUUAAACACAGGAAAAUAGUGGAGCUGUAAUAAUGUUGCCAGUGCCAAGAUGAUGGGGUUCAAAAGACUUGAUUAGCACUCCUUUAAGGAUUAGGGAUAGUUCUGAACCUAUUGAUAGAGGGCUUUACAAUGUGAAAAGUAACUUUUAUUGGACAUUUUACAGGCAAUAUAAUAGGUACAAUAUGCAUUUGGAGGAGUUCCCUAACUAGGAAUACGAAUAAGGAGACUUUCCUCCUUUCCAGCCACCGUGUGGGCAUCUCCAGGUAGCAAGCCGUAAUGACGACUUUUAACAGCACGUCACUUACUGGUCUACAGCCUUAAAAAGGACCUUUGACAAUACCAUUGUGUUAAAAAUAAUAAUAAUUAACCACUGUAUGAGGGGCUUUUAACGAUGCAGCAGUUUCAAGACAGUGAAGUCCAUUAACCUUCCAUUUCAAAUAUGCUUUCCGUUCGAACAAUACUGAAAUGUGCCAGAACCGUGAUUCAUUUUGAUCCACCCCAUCUCAAGAGCGAGCGCUGGUGGAGGAUUGUGCACGCACUGCCUUUGUGCUAAGAUGGCAAAUAUAACAUUGGUUUGGAAAAGUCUUGGAGCAAUCCAGUGUUUUCAUUUGAAAGUGCUUAAGGUCGUGAAACAAGGGAGGCAACAAGCAGCUUCUUUUUCCAUUGUUUGAGUUAAGGUACAAUGUCAGAAGUUUUGAUUUGGUCAUAUUACAAUGUCACUGUCAACUUACUGGCUUCAGCAGAAACAAUGCUGCCAUGUGUUAUCAUGUGGAAGAGCCCAUGUGCUUAUUUUGUUUCUAGACUGUUUAAAACCCUGGACUCCAUAACUGGAUAUUACAAUAAGCAAAAAAUGUGUGAUUAUAAAUAUCAUAGCGGUGUGUCAUUGUUUUGUUUGUAUAUAUUUUGUAAUAAUACAGCAUCUCGAGAUGGUAAAAGGUUACUAGUAAGAGGGAAGGAAACAUUACCUUCCUUUAAGUGAAAAUUCAGUUAUUUAAAAGGUAUGCAACAGUGAUGACUUCACUUAGAUCUUUUAUUUAACAUCAAGCAGCAAAAAAACUACAACUCAAUAUCGCAAAAAGUCUACCGAAAGCCAUAAUAGCAGUACAGUAUUUCAUGUUCGAUUUCAAAAUGCCACGUCAGCUUUUU